AUGGAGCCAAAUGAGCAGACUAUGUUAUUUGCUCUAUGCGCAUUGGUCACCGCAUUCAUGUGUGGUCGCAGCGAAUCCAUUAUCGGGUGCGGAGAAUGGGCAUCAGUCGCGCAAAGGUUCAUAGAAAAGAGCCAUUCGGCGCGGUCGGAGUAUAACUUCAUCGAGGAUAACACUCUGUUGACGCUUCUCGCAUCUUUCUUUGUCGCAGUUACGCACUUUGAAUUGCAUAAUGCUCGACAGAGUUGGUUUUACCUCCGCGAAGCUAUUACGUUGGCGCAGGCGCUUGGUUUGCAUACGGAUGAAUUCUAUCGUGGCAUGGAUUAUGUGGGCGCCUUGUAUUGCCGCCGAAUCUACAACAUUCUGUUCGUCACCGAGAGAUCCUUGGCGAUAGCGAGACAUAAGCCAGUCCUUUUACCUCACCCGUUGCUUCUUCCUGCUCCCGGGCCUACCGAUCAACUAGAGGGCCUUGAAGAACAACCGGAAAUUGAUCUCGGCUUCCGCCAGCUUGUCCACGUUUAUUCGCAAAUUGAUAUCAAUUUUUUUAACUUCUGGAGUCGGAAGGGGUCAAUCAGCACUUAUUCGACAUGGGAACAGUGUGGUUCAAACUUGCUCCCUGACUGCGGUGUGAUGUCCGACGCUCAGAAAGCUGAUAUCUUUGUGACACAGCACUGGCUUGACCUGGUUCUAUGGAGAGCUGCCCUUCAGCAAGGCUUACUUUCUACCAAGGCUGGGUCACGGUCUAGAACGUUUUCAUAUCCGGAAGAUAUUGCCGUAUCCCUACUACAGGCGUUAACAUUGCUCCCUACAGAGUCAGUGGAGGUACAUGGGCUAGGGAUCUUCGAAAAAAUAUAUGACGUAGGCAACACCCUGGCCGACUUCAUCCAUUGCUCAACAAAUUUGACAGGCUGGACAGAGACAAUGGCACAGAACUUGGACCGACUAAGUUCAAUCCAAAAACAUUUGUCUCUGAGUCCAAACUCUCACGUGAAAUUUGCUCUGUCACUAGGAAGACGAUUAGCCGAGUGUUACCUCUGCUUUAGCAGCCCUUUUGCCAUGCUUGAUACAUUAGUCGCUACAGACGAAGAUGUGGAAACGGACCAACAGGCAUAG